UUGGCAGUUUUGGAUGUGUCAAACGCUGUCAAAAGAAGUUGACCGGUGAAAUUUUUAUUUUUUUGGAAAAAUAUAAAAAAAUAGCUUGACACAACUGAAUAUUUCACGUUUUUUAUAAUCCUCGGUUAUAUUUCAUUGCAAACAAUGACUGCAUUCGAGGAAUUCGGGGUUCUCCCCGAAAUCGCUAAGGCCAUCGAUGAGAUGGAGUGGACUUUACCAACUGAUAUUCAAGCCGAAAGCAUUCCCCUAAUUCUGGGGGGCGGUGAUGUCUUGAUGGCUGCUGAAACUGGCAGUGGCAAAACGGCCGCGUUUUGUCUACCCAUAAUUCAGAUUGUUUGGGAGACUUUAAAAGAUAUCCAAAGUGGAAAAGUUUCAAAAGUGUCCACUAGUUCAUCCAAGCCUUGGACAAUGUCUAUGAUUGACAGAGGGACAGCUUUAGCUGUCGCCCCUUGUGGACUGCGUGUGCAGUCUAGGGAACAAAGAGAAUGGCAUGGGGGACGGUGUACUAGGGGGGUGCAAGGGAGCGGUAAAUACGCUUUUGAGGCCACCGUGACGGAUGAGGGGCUGUGCAGGGUGGGGUGGUCGACUCUGCAGGCGAAAUUAGAUCUAGGCACAUGCAGGAACGGGUUUGGGUUUGGCGGAACGGGAAAGAAAUCGAACAAUAAACAAUUUGAUGAUUACGGCGAGCCUUUUGGUAAAAAUGACGUAAUCACGUGCUUAUUAGACCUCGAUAAUGGACAAAUUAAAUUUUGCAAAAACGGCACCGAUUUAGGAAAUGCGUUUACAAUCAAUAAACAAAUGUUAAAUAACGCAUUUUUUCCCGCAGUUGUUUUAAAAAACGCCGAAAUGGCUUUUAACUUCGGGGAGGAAGCCUUUAAAUACCCACUUCCCCAGGGGUACGUCCCUAUCAAACAAGCCCCAAGCGAGAAAAUUGUAGUCAAUUCGAAUUCUGGUGAAGCGGCCGAUGAUAAUUCAGUUAAAAUAAAAAAUAACGCCCCUCAAGCAAUAAUAAUCGAACCGUCAAGAGAACUGGCUGAGCAAACUUCAAACCAGAUAAAAAAAUUCAAAAAACAUUUGGAAUCUCCCGCAAUUCGCGAACUUCUAGUCAUUGGAGGCGUCAAUGUGAAGGAACAAAUCUCGACGUUACAAAACGUGGGGGCUGAUAUCAUUGUUGGCACCCCUGGCCGUUUGGAGGACUUGAUCCAGGGGGGUUAUUUAUUGCUCACCAACUGUCGAUUUUUUGUCUUGGACGAGGCUGACGGUCUUUUAAAGCAAGGCUACACAGAACUGAUUGAAAGACUCCACCGACAAAUGCCGAAAAUAACCGCCGAUGGCCGAAGGCUGCAAAUGAUCGUUUGCAGCGCCACCUUGCACGCGUUUGAGGUGAAGAAAAUGGCUGAAAAACUGAUGCAUUUCCCGACGUGGGUCGACUUGAAAGGCGAGGACGCGGUUCCUGAGACUGUACAUCACGUGGUGGUUAAGGUGGACCCCCAGAAGGACAGGUCUUGGGCGAGUCUCCGCAGACACAUUUUGACAGACGGCGUUCAUGCGCAAGAUGGCGUCAGACCGGGGAAUAACAGCCCGGAGACGCUCAGUGAGGCGGUGAAAAUGCUCAAAGGGGAAUAUUGCGUACGAGCUAUAGAUGAACAUCAGAUGGACAGGGCGAUUAUUUUCUGUCGCACGAAACUGGAUUGUGAUAACUUGGAAAAAUAUUUCAAGCAACUUGAUCGUAAUAAGUACUCGUGUGUGUGUUUGCACGGAGACCGGAAACCAAACGAACGCAAGAGCAAUUUGGAGGCUUUCAAGCAGGGGAAAGUGAAGUUUUUGAUUUGCACUGAUGUCGCGGCGAGGGGACUCGAUAUUUCCGGUUUGCCUUUUAUGAUUAAUGUUACUUUACCGGACGAGAAGUCGAAUUAUGUGCAUAGGAUCGGGAGGGUUGGCAGAGCCGAGCGAAUGGGCCUUGCGAUAAGUCUAGUGAGCUCAAUUCCGGAAAAAGUGUGGUACCACGGCGAGUGGUGCAAGAGCAGAGGGCGCAACUGUUGGAACACCAACCUAGUGGAGCAAAAAGGUUGUUGCAUUUGGUACAACGAGCCCCAGUUUUUGGCCGACAUUGAAGAGCAUUUGAACAUUACAAUUCAACAAAUCGAACCCGAUAUGAAAGUGCCGCAUGAUGAGUUUGACGGAAAAGUAGUUUACGGCCAAAAGAGGAAGCUCCAGACCAGUAAUUACGAAAACCACACCGCCCAGAUGGCACCCAUAGUUAAAAAUUUGUCAAAGUUGGAGAGCGAAGCUCAGUUGUUGUAUCUGAAAAGACACUUGGCAAAGUUGGCAAGGGCUUGAAACACAGUGUUGAGGUAAUAAUGCGUACAUCAAUUUAUUUGAGAUAAACAAUAUAUAAAAUACAAUAGUUUAAACAAAUUAGACUAGUAAAAACAUUUUAUUGUUGCAAAAUUCAUAAAUAAAAACCCAAAAUUGCAUUGUGAACUACAAGUAUGAUAAAAAGUAUUAAAUAUAAAUCCUGAAUACAUUGACCUAUUUAUCAAUAUCGCCGAUCUUUUCCCAAUCACCGUCUGUACUGCUAUUACUGCUAGUCGUUUCUAAACUAAUCGCGGAGUCGACUUUAUUAAUGGCUUUCGUUUCGGAGGUUUUCAUUUCUUCUUCUAAGUUUGAGACUUUAGAAUUAGUAUCACAAGUGUCUGGAAUUGCCGACAUCGGUGCUUCUUUCUUACUUUCCUUACAUUUGGUGUCCUGUUUGUUCUUAAUCUCAUUUUCGUACUCUUGAAGUAGCUUGAUUUGCUCUUCUUCUGUCAGCUCAAUGUAUGGUGCGAGAUCUUCUGCAAUUUUUUUAUGAUUUAAAGCCCAGUUACGUGCAAGAACAAACCUUGAUCCCACUUGACCGUCUCAACCGUGAUGGCUUUUUCCUUUUUCUCCUUCUUCUCCAUGGCUUCCUGGUGAGCGAUCUCAUCUUCUAACAGCGCUCUUUUAAAUAAAUACCUACGGAAGAAUAACAAGAAAUUCAGGCGCCGUUUAUUCCAAACUUGCGUACCUUUUCCAAAAUAAAGAGUGUGGCACAGUGUCAGGCACAAGUUUCUCGUAUUGGUUUCUAAGCACAGUGGAACUGGUUAAGUGUUUAUUUAUCCUGUCUUCAGACAGCUGAUCGUCAAUGAUCUCCAGCCAGCACUCAAAUUUCUUCGCUAGGGCUUCUUCAGGAUCGUUUGUGAAAGUGACAUCCUCUUUUUGUAAUUCGUAAAUGGCUUUUUGUAACUUAGUCAAGGGAACGGUUUCUGAAUCUUCACCAAUUAGGAUGGCUUCAGUGUCUGAAUCGUCAGGGGUGGGGUUUAGGACAGUGUUCAUUUGACC